UGCUAUAGUAACACACGUAGAUCGAGAAGUUGCGGGACCAAAAACGAGGUCCCCCUCGUCUAACAGCUGUAGUACUUGCUUCCUCUGUACUGUCGGUAAUUUUUGGUUACAGUAAUUCGUGUUAAACUAACGUUUAAACUUUAUUGAGCUCAUCUUUCAUGAUUUAAUUAAUCCAUUUUGUUGAAAACAAGGGUAUUUAAUAGUGAAAUUGUAUUUUGGCAACAGUGUCACUUUACUUCUAGAUCAUUUGAAAGUGCACCGUAGCAGAAGACAUCGAAAACCGUUGGUGGUUUGAUAGUCGUUAAGUAGAAACCUAACCUAACAUUGUCUACUACGAUAGCGUCCUUAUUGCAAUUUUCCUAGCGAAUUAACUUCGAAUUUAAAUAACGAAUGUAAUAUUAAGAAUAUUAUGCACUAUAGUGUGUUUCUUCUUCAGAGUGUAAAGUGAAAGAAAUAAAUUGUUAAGCAAGGAAUGGAUCCUGCAACUGUCAUCGCUCUGUGCAAGGAAAACAUUCAACCACUUCGUAAUGGUAGAAAUGCAGCUCAAUUGGAAACAGCUUUAAGAGCACAGGAAGAUGAAGAGACUCAACAAUUACUUCUUCAAGAAAAGCAAAUAUAUGAAGAUGCAAUUAAAAAUUACGAAGGAGACGAUCCUUUAGAAAAUUGGUACGAAUAUAUAUUAUGGAUUGAACAAAGUUACCCUAAAAGCGGUCAUGAGUCGCAUAUUGGAAAAUUAUUACAACAGUGCUUGGCGACAUUCGAAAAGGAAACAAAGUAUUAUCAGGAUCAAAGAUAUAUACGUCUUUGGAUUAAUUAUAUAAGUAUGCAAAAAAAUCCCUUAGAAUUAUAUCAACUUUUAUAUAAUAAUGGAAUCGGAACGAUGGUAGCGGACAUGUACAGAGCAUGGGCCUUUGAAUUAGAACAAAUAGAGGAUUAUAAACAAGCAGAUGAAAUUUAUUUAUUAGGCUUAAGAGCUCGAGCAGAACCGUCGGAAGAAUUAGAUUACGCGCAUAAAAACUUUCAGUUAGCAGUAGCUCGUAAAACACUUGGACGCAUGGACGAUAGAGGCGAUAUAUCAUUGUUUGAGCAAAGACAAGCAUUUAGUUCAUUGAAAGCAAUCAAAGCUGGUAAAAAGGUUGGUACGAUAAGAACUGGACAUCGUGUGCGUGAUUAUUUACCUGGUAGCGUACCUCAGGUUACGCCUAUGCCGAAUACUAGACCAAAUGCUCGAAUCCAAAUAUAUCAGGAUGAUAUGCACGGAGAGAUGAAAGGUGCGAGUAUAUUAGAUCAUGUACCCAUAGAAGAUAUGAUGCAUAAAGAAAAUACAAUUAAACCUGGACCGUGGAACAGCGGUAUCAAAAAAUCUAAUUUGUUGUCAUCUUCUGUUAAAACUGCCUUUAAAAUUCACGAAGAUGAUCAAGAUGAUAACGACAUGCAGAAAAUAAGAUUGUUUCCUAAUCAUACAUCAUUUUUCGAUGGGAGCAAAUAUUCUGAGCACAUACAUAUACCAGUAUAUGUACCAGAUCGAACAAAUUUAAAUGUUAUACUGAAACCACACUAUCCUAAAGAUAUAGUUUAUGCCAAUAAUAUGGAUAUAAGUAUGGAGGAAAUUAGAGCUCAACAUUAUCUUCUUAAAAGUAGACAAAGUCAGGAGAUGCAGAAAAAGUAUUCUGACUUAGAAAUAGAUGAUAAAUGUUCAAGAAAUGUUGGUUUACAAAACCAUCAAAAAAUAAUGGAAAGAGAACCUCAUAGUCAAAAUAUUACAUUGCAAGAAUUACAACAACAUAAUCUCAAGCUUCAAAGAAGAGUGGAACAUUUAGAAAUUGAAAGACACAGAAUUCAAAUUGAGCAAAACGCGAAGCAGCAAGAAUUAAAAAGAUUAGAAAUUGAAAGGAUAGAAGCUGAACAAAUUGAAGCCGAAAGAAUUGAUGCUGAAAGAAUUGAAGCGCAGAGGAUCGAAGCGGAAAGAAUAGAAGCGCAGAGGAUCGAAGCUGAAAGAAUUGAAGCUCAGAGGAUCGAAGCGGAAAGAAUCGAAGCCGAACGAAUAGAAGCGCAAAGAAUUGAAGCAGAAAGAAUUGAAGCUGAAAGGAUCGAAGCUCAAAGAAUGGAAGCUGAAUUAAAUACGCAAAGAAAAUUACAAACGAGUUAUUUGCAUCCGCAUCAUACGCCAUCUUUAUCAACGGAUAAUGAAGAACAUUUACUUGGGCAAAGUCUCACAGUAAAUACAAAGGAAGCGAUAUCAGCUGUUCAAGAUUUAUGGCAUUCUCCAAAUAUUACACCUGCUACACCACGUUUUCGUAAUUCCAUAACACCUCGAAUGACAGAUUCUAGAACAAAAUUAUCUUUUGACAUUCAUAUGGAUAGUUCCAUGACACAGCAUGCAAUGUCUAAUAAACAUCAUCAAGGAUUUAAUAUACAACCUUACGAAGAUCAAGAAAAUCAUCAAAGUUUUCAUACUUCUCAUCAGAGUUAUGUCCCUUCGGCACAACACACGCCAUACGGAAAUCAUGGAUUACAAAAUACUUAUCAUUACCCAAUACCGCAUCACGAUCAGCAGGUACAACAACUGUCACAUCAUCCACACCACCAAAUGAUGCACCCACCUCAACAACCACACCAACAACCACACCAACAACCUCAUCAACAACCGCACCAGCAAGCGCACUCAUUGCAUCAUCAAUCCCUUUCUCAGUCUCAACAUCUUCAAUCGCAUUCGCAACUUCACCAUUCCCAUUCGCAACUACAUCAUUCACCACACAGUCAACAUUUGCAACAUCAGCAACAUCACCCACACCAUCAUAUGCAACAAAUGCAACAUCCUUCCUUUGGCAAUAUGUUACCAAAUGAUAUCGGAUAUCAACAAUAUCCACCCUCAUUGGAUCCAGCUCUUUUACAACAAAAUUCCGAACCUCAAAAACCAUUACAUUAUUCGUCGUUCAGCGAACCUAACGUCGAAGCUAACAAACCUUAUAGAAUGCCUCCUGAACUACCGUAUAUCAAAUCACCAGGCAUGAAUCGUAGAGACUUAAAAUAUUUGGAGAAUGCUGAAAAUAAAGAAAAUGCUAUUGUUGUUGAUUAUAAUGGACCACCUGAAGAAAACAUGCCACCAAAAUUAACAGAAGAAGAUAACUUGUACACAGAUGAUAAUCUUGGUAUAUCACCUUUAUCAGGACCUGACGAAACUUGUUAUACCGAGACAUUCAAUGCUUUAUUAAGUAGUUCUACUCCUAUGACUAAUCAUUUUAGACUAUCGCAUAGACCAAAGGAUGUGCCACAAUUUUCAAAUCAAAAUGUUCCACAUCACACAAUUCCAGAUGUACAUAAUGGUAACACAGAGGAAAAAUUAAGCGUCAUAAUGGAAACAACUAGAGAAUACGUUUCAAGCAGCUCAGCAUCUAGUGCUAAUACAAGAACAGCUGCCUUAGGAUUUACAUUAACAAGAGAAGAAAUGAGUCUGAUUAAAGAAUCGAGUAUACAACAAAUCCCUAACGAUUCUAUACUAGUGGGCAAUCCACCAUACGAGCAAAAAAUGCGCGCUCAAAUGCAAGCUAUAAAUGCUCAAAGUCCACGCACGGUACAACGAAAUGUGGAUCAAAUAACGUCUGAAAUAAAGAAUAAUUGUGACUUACGAAAAUCUAUUACCUUUAAAAUGAACAGUGAAAUAGACAAUCAAGAAAAAACAGAUACUAUGGAAUGCGAAGAGCAUGAACCAAUGGAACAAGUGGAGGAAGAAAUCUUUCAACUUCCUUCCGGAAAUAUUAAUCCUUUUGAUAAAAAUUUAAUUGCCGGUCUUUUAAGAAACAUGAAAUUUCCGCAACCGCAACACGCAGAAGGAUAUGUGAGAAUAAAUACUAAUUUAAAUAAGCUUGUGCCUUCAACUAUCAUUACGCUUGGACCAGAAGCGUAUAAUUUGGAAAAGUGCCUUGGGAAAGGAAUGUACGGAACAGUUUAUAAAGCAGUAAAUAUGCAAACAGGUCAAACUGUUGCUUUAAAGACCCAAAAGCCUGCAUGGGUUUGGGAAUAUUACAUUAUUAGGGAAAUAAAAGCCCGCCUUACAAAUGCACAUAUGCUUCGAGGAUUUAUGGAUGUUUCAGUAGCUUAUAUAACAAAUAACGUCAGUGUACUAGUUUCCGAAUAUUCCAAAUUUGGAACGUUAUUAACAGUAACUAAUCAAUUUAAAUUGUCCUCUGGUAAACUAUUAAAUGAAUCACUUGCUAUUUUCUUUACUAUCGAAAUGCUUCAAAUUGUUGAACAUUUACAUAAAUGCCAAAUUAUACACGGGGAUAUAAAACCGGAUAAUUUCUUAUUCAUGCGAUUACCAACAGUAGACGUCAGACCAACGAUACAAUUGAUAGAUUUUGGAUGUAGUAUAGAUAUGAGCUUGUUACCAGAAAAAACAACGUUUACUCAUAUCAUUAAAACGGAAGAAUUUACGUGCAUUGAAAUGCAAACUGGUAAGCCUUGGACGUAUCAGACGGAUUUAUAUUGUUUAGCGGCAACAAGUCAUUGUUUGUUAUUUGGCAAUUAUAUGAAAGUGUCUAACGUUGGUGAUCGUUGGUUUAUAAAUUCCAAGUUACCGAGAUAUGCAAAGAAGACUGCUUGGGAAUCGUUCUUUACAGAAUUAUUAAAUAUCGAAUCGUGCGAAAAAUUACCUGACUUGUGUAGAUUACGAAACGUAAUGGAGGAAGCUUUACCACCCGUGCCAGAAUUACAAUCAAGGCUUAGACAUUUCUCUAAUAUACUCAACAACCGAUAACGCUUACUUAAUUUGCUACAACAGAUAUUAUUAUUAUUAUUAUUAUUAUUAUUAUUAUUAUUAUUAUUAUUAUUGCCCGAUGUGUAUAACACACAUUUAGUAAAGAACCAACGUUUAAUAAGAAACAACAAGAUUAAUAUUAUUGUACUAUUUAUUGUAAAAGUUACUAUUAUAGAGUGAUAUGUGUACUUCACAGUUACAGUACAUGAAAUGCACGUUCUAUGAUGGCCUGCUUUGUGGAGGUUUUAUUGAUUUAUAAUAUUGCUUGCACAUAAUCAAUAAUAUUAGAAGCGUAAAUUUUUAUUAUCUGUCGAAUGUUU